CAGUCUCUACGUUUUUCUAAGAGCCAAAAACGCAGCGGAUGCCGCGGACUGGCCGCCUGGCUAACUGGCUUCUUCAAAGUGGCCGACGAGGCAGGAGUGGAGUGAAAUAAAAAUUGGCACAACUUCGAGAGACUGUAGUUGGAGUUGGAGUUGCUGUGUCCAAAGUCGCUCCUCGAUCCUCCGUCCAAGGCGGCAGACAGCAUGAGGCUCACGUUGGCCUGGCUCAGCCUCUGCCUGGCGAUUUAUUGCGGCGGUGGCCAUGGCCAUGGCAAUGUGGUCCUAUCUUUGCCACCAUCGCUUAUCGCCACGGCCACGAAGGCGGCCUUGAGCCACCAACGGCUGCAGCAGCAGCAGCAUCAGAAAAAGGAUGCACGCGUCCUGUUUGACAGCCCCGCCGAUGCACUGCGCGAUAUGAUGCACAACGGCAAUGGCUAUGGACCCAUGGAUUCUGGCAAAUUUAGCCUCUCCGAUGUGGAGCAACCAACAGCGCAGCGCUCUGAGGAUUUUAAUCGAAACGCAGAUGAUUUAGGGGCCAGGCAAUCAGCGCCGCAGGAAAUUGCAAUGGGAAUGGAACUGGGCAUGGGCCUGGGUCUGGGACCCAACAACUAUCGCACCACGCCCCCUCAUCGGUAUUGGGGCCAGCGUUGCCAGGGUCGAUCCGGCGGAUCUGGAUCCAGCAAGUGUCCGCAGGAAUACUAUCGCACGAUGUUGGCGGCCAGGAACAAAGAGGCGCUGUCCCGCCUCCACUUGCAGCUGAGUUCGAUGCAGGAUUCCGAUUCUGGGGCCAGCUCCUCCUCGGAUUCCGAGGAGGAAGAUGUCGACGACGAGGAGCAGAGCAACAACGAGGUCUUCAUGCUGCUAACUGGCGAACAGGAUCUGAUGAAGUUCCUGCACUGGGCCAUGCAGCUCCUGUAUCCCAUUGAACGUCCUUUGGGCAAUCUGAGCGAUGGAGCUGCCGAGAACUACUAUCCGGGCAUGUUUCUCUGGAAGAAACUAAAUCUGUCGGGCCAUCUGGAACCCCCACUUAUUGUGGAUGAGCCCCAGUAUGUGCUGGUCAGAAGGGAAAAGCUCUUCGAUGGCUAUCAAUUUGGAGAAGACAUGAGCAAGGAGAACGAUCCCUUCAUACCGCCUCGAGGUCGCAAGCACAGCGGAUCGCUGGACCUGGACGCCCUGAUGAACCGGUACGAACCCUUUGUGCCCAAUCGCGGCAAGCGCGACAAGGUCAAGGAUCUGUUCAAGUAUGACGACCUGUUCUAUCCGCAUCGCGGCAAAAAGCAUCGCAACCUCUUCCAAGUGGACGAUCCCUUCUUUGCCACCCGGGGCAAGAAGCUGCAGCUCCGGGAUCUUUACAACGCCGACGAUCCAUUCGUUCCGAAUCGCGGCAAGCGGCACUUGACAGCCAGUGCCGGGAAAUUGGGUGAGAGGAUAGCGGGUGGUGGAAAAUGGCCAGAUGACAGCAACAACUACUGGCCGCUAAGAAUGUCAACGCAUAAAAUUAAUGGUUACGAUCAAUCAGUCAGGCCAUCACUGUCAGUGGAGGAUGCUGCUGCAUCGUUGGCUUCUUGGCGACUGCCCGCUAAUAGAUUGCACUCGACAAGAUCAAUGUCAGCCGAUCUGCCGCAGCAAUUGCUCUUGCCACAUGUCCGCUUCAUUGGCAAUCCGAACAUGCGCCAGCAGCAGCAUCAGGUGAAAACCCCAUCCUGGCCAGCAGAGGAGCGCCUCCGGAGAUCCAUCCUGGCCCCGGGCGAACCAAACGAUGCCCACGAGACACAAUUAACGCAAUCGCACCCGGCUAAUCCACAUUUGGUCACCGAUACGGACAACCUAAACAUUUAAAUGCGGCGAGCGAAUUUCGUUUUCGGAUUGGAUUUAUUUGGCUUUUCAGUUUUCGGCUUGGGGCACCGUUUUCCUCGACUCAUGUAGACACAACUAUAUGGCACACAAUAAAGUACAGCAUGCAAUUGA